GUCUGUUAAAGGAAAAUAUACGUCUGUGAAAAUGAACAGGGAGGAACCAAUUAUGGAUGGACCCAAGCGCAUGCAGAAUGAGCUCAAGUUCAUGUUGAGCCUGGGCCUCAAGGAGCUGGAUCAGCUACAGUUGCUCGAACCGCAAAAGGACAACAUUUACAAGUGGACGGCUCUAUUGAUGCCAAAUACAUCGCCAUAUGACAUGGGCGCUUUUAAGCUGGAAAUUGACUUUGCCAAGGAUUAUCCGUUUAAGCCGCCGACUCUCCACAUCAACACGAAGAUCUAUCAUCCGAAUGUGAACGAGCGCGGACAGGUUUGUCUGCCCAUUUUGGAGGCGGAGCAUUGGAAGCCAACGACUCGCAUCGAUCACGUUCUCCAAGUGCUCGUGGCGACCAUCAAUGAUCCGCAGCCGGAGAAUCCCUAUAGUCUGGAUAUUACCAAACAGUUUGUCAGCGAUCCCGCCAAGUUCUACAAAACUGCAGCCGCCUGGGUGGAGCGGUACAGUGAACACCGUCCCACGCCGCAGGAAUUGGCGCGAAUCGCUCGCAGAAAGAAGCGUGCAGCGAUGAACUAGUAAUACAAUACAGUAAAUCGAGAACCUACACUCAGAGAAAAUAAACUACUUUAAAUUUAGAAAAUCUACCUAAG